UUUCUCGAUCAAAGAAAUGAACAAGAAAAGGGUCAAAAUUCCUUUUUUCUCACGUUUCUUUGCUUCCUUUUCCGAUCCCUCGCCCUCGUCCCUCGCUUCCUUGGUGCUUUCCUCGAAGCCUUAAGUGUUUGAUGGGGUCUAUAAAGUCUGGCCGCCGUUCCUCUUGGGUUUCGCAUUAAUUAUUGGGGGUGGGAGAGCCGUUGGAUGAAAUGGAUUGCGAGGCGGAAUCGCAGAAGAGAAAGCGGGAGGUGUUGUUGCUGGGAUUGGCGGAUGCGUACGGUUUGGACAUGGCGGUGCCCAGGGAGCUCGACGCCGAAAAGUGCGCCCCCGCCGCCGUCGAACUCCGUUUCCGGUUCCCCGAUGUGACGGGAGCGAUCAAGAACUCAUUUAGGAGGAGAGAACUGUGUGAAUUUGUCAGUGGAGCAUUAGCUGGUGCCGUCACUAAAGCAGUUCUUGCUCCUCUAGAAACCAUCAGGACAAGAAUGGUUGUUGGAGUUGGAUCCAAGCACAUUACUGGCAGUUUUCUAGAGAUCAUUGAAGAGCAUGGCUGGCAAGGACUUUGGGCAGGAAACGCUGUAAACAUGCUCCGCAUCAUACCUACUCAGGCUAUCGAGCUUGGUACAUUUGAGUGUGUAAAACGAACUAUGAUAUCUGUGCAAGAGAAAUGGAAGGAGCACGGAAGCCCAAAGGUGGCAAUUGGCCAUAUCAAUGUAGAUUUAUCCUUUCUAUGCAUCUCUCCAGUUGCUGUUGGUGGUGCUGCUGCUGGCAUUAUAAGCACAAUCAUCUGCCAUCCUCUUGAAGUUCUCAAGGAUCGUUUGACUGUGAACCAAGAAGCCUAUCCCGGCAUCACCCUUGCUUUCAGUAAGAUAUACAAGAAUGAUGGCCUUGGCGGUUUGUAUGCUGGCUUAUCACCAACAUUAAUUGGCAUGCUUCCAUACAGCACAUGUUACUAUUUCAUGUAUGAGACCAUGAAGAAUUCUUACUGCCAAGCGAAGCAGAAGAAAUCUUUGAAUCGAGCAGAGCUUCUGGUUAUUGGGGCUCUUUCUGGUUUAACUGCAAGCACCAUCAGCUUUCCCCUGGAAGUUGCAAGAAAGAGGUUGAUGGUUGGAUCCCUCCAAGGGAAGUGUCCGGCCAACAUGGCAGCGACAUUGUCAGAGAUCAUCCGUGAGGAGGGCCUGAUGGGUCUCUACCGAGGAUGGGGGGCGAGCAGUUUGAAAGUCAUGCCUUCGUCAGGCAUCACAUGGAUGUUCUAUGAAGCAUGGAAAGAAAUUCUGCAAGUGGACUUACCGCACCUCUAACAAGUAACAGAUUGCUGCAAAGACUGCCUCAUUCCGAUGGCAUGGAUGUUCUAUGAAGCAUGGAAAGAAAUUCUGCAAGUGGACUUACCUCACCUCUAACAAAUAACAUAUUGCUGCAAAGACCGUCUCAUUCUGAUCACAUGGAUGUUUUAUAAGGCAUUGAAAGAAAUUCUGCAAUUGGACUUACCUCGCCUCUAACAAAUAACAGAUUGCUGUAAUGACUGCCUCAUUCCGAUUGCAUGGAUGUUCUAUGAAGCAUUGAAAGAAAUUCUGCAAGUGGAUUUACCUCAUCUGUAACAAAUAACAGAUUGCUGCAAUGACAGCCUCAUUCCAAUCGCAAUACGGCUAGCGUGUGGACGGCGGUAAUUUUUUAUUAAGUUCCACCCAUGCUAGAUUGAUGCAGUAGAAGUUUGGGAACAGUCUGGUGUAAGAAAUCAGUUUCAAUCCAGUGUGCCGGUGAUGGUGAAAAAUUUUGAUUCUUUAACAUGGAAACCGACGACUUUGCUACUA